AUGGUGACUAUACCGUUGACCUCAUUAUUUAGGGUUUUCUUUGAAAACCCUUUUUUCUCGUUCCUUUUUAUCUCGACAAAUCAAUCUCGAUUCUGCUCGUGUCCUUUGGCGAUGGAUGAAGUAUUUGAGCCUGGCACAAUCGACGUUCAAGUUGAUGAUUUUGUAAAAACCAAAUCAGUUUCAAGAUGCAAAGAUGAAUUCCUUAAUGUUCUUUGUGAAGACAGUGAUGACGAACUAGUGGAAGGUGAAGGAGAAAAUGCUCGAGUAGAACUAGAUGAUGCGAAAACACUGACGAAUCUAGUGAUGAAGAUGAAAUCAUAUACUCCAUCCCUAAUCUGA